CAAGGCGACUCUGCCUCCCCUUCCGGCGUUACUUUUUCUCUCUUUUACCCUCCCUCCCGAGGCCACACGCGAUCGAGAAGCAGAGGAGCAGCAGCAAAAAGAUUAGGCCAAAGGAGGGCGCAGCAGGUCUUUGGAUGUUUAUCCGCUUCAUCUCCACGCGGUAGGUGGAGUCUGUUGCCCGUCGCAUUCUUCUCAUCGGUUUGGUGAACGACGCGCCAAACGAACAAAAACUUGUGGGUUGUUCGGACCGGCGGCAUCGUCACUUUUAGCGAUUUCUUGCGUUAGGAGUCUUCUUUCAAAACCGACAGUAGUUUGUCCGGAUUGGAGGGAUGAAGGGGAAAGGAGCAACAGCUAAAAACUACUUUGUCCUCAAUACCGGAGCCAAGAUUCCUGCUGUUGGUCUUGCAACAUGGCAACACGGAGGUGAUCUUUGUGCUGAAGCCGUGGCGACGGCCUUGACGGCCGGGUAUCGCCACAUCGACUGCACCCAUCUAUAUGGGAAUGAGGUUGAGGUUGGGAAGGCGCUAGCCGAGGCUUUUGAAAGCGGAGCCAAGAGGGAAGAUUUGUUCUUGACCUCGAAAUUGUAUUGUGCUACUAAUUCACAUAAGAGGGUCGAGAAUUCCGUGAGAGUUUCCUUGAAGAGCCUUGGCGUCUCCUACUUGGAUCUGUAUCUUGUGCACUGGCCUGAGUGUUCGGCUCUCGGGGAUGCCACUGAUCCUUCUUGGAAAUCUGCAAGCGAAUAUAGACAGUUCUCGCAACGAUUGAAGCCAACCUGGGAGGCUAUGGAAAGUCUUGUGCGGAUGGGGCUUGUUCGUGCGAUUGGUGUUAGCAAUUUCAACAUUCAGCAGAUCAGCGAAUUGCUCCAGUUUGCGAAGAUUGUUCCAGCAGUCAAUCAGGUGGAGUUGCAUCCAUUCUGGAGACAGGAUGAACUAGUGAAAUUCUGUCAACAGAAAAGAAUCCAUGUAUCUGCUCAAACUCCACUGGGAGUACCCAUAUCUCGUGGGAUGGCAACUGCCAGUCCUGGUCUUUCUGAUAGUGGAUCUGAGGAUGAAGCUGGAACUCCUAGGAUAACAUUUAGAAGGUCAAGAUCAGUGCAUGGACCAAUGAUGAAGCUUUCUGUUGUCGUAGAUAUUGCAGAACGCCAUAACAAGACACCGGAGCAGGUCAUUUUGCGAUGGGGACUACAGCGAGGAACUAGUUUAUUGCCGUGCAGCCUAAAUCCUGACAGGAUCAGGAAAAACAUAGACAUUUUCAGUUGGUCGCUGACAGAUGAAGAAUGGAAUAGAAUGAACAGGAUUGAACCUCAGAUAUGCCUCUUUGGGAGUGGACCUGUCAACACAUCUGAAACAGGGUUUUUUUCAGCUGCUGGUCCUCUUCAGGCUGUGUCUGAGAUGGAAGAUGACACUGAAUAAUCCCAAGACUCUCAAGUCUCAGAAGUGUACUGUUGUAAACUCUCAUCUGAGAAGGGGAUAUUUCACGAAAUUUUCUGCACAUAUGUUAUGUCUGUCUGCGAAUCUGUUCAGAGACCAAUAUCAUCUUGUAAUUCUUGUUAAUUAGAUUUUAGUAGUUAUGUCAUAUUACUAUGGAUCAAGGUUUUGCUACAAUGGAAGUUAUCAUAUGUUUUCCCCUUCCUACAGCUAUGUUCAUGUAGUGCAUUUAAGUUCUUCAAGAAAGAAUGGCAACUAGUUUUCGAUUGGUGCAUGUUGGAGUUCUGAUUUCAGCAGUUGCUGAGACCUCUCUUAUCUGUUCUGCACUAAACCUUGGCCUUGUUUAGUGGUAGCUGACAAGUUGCAGCUAUGUGUUCAUAGUGCUGCUCUCCUUGUGGAGUGAGGAUUCAUCAGAGCAUAUAUGUGGCUUUUGUCUUGUGUACUAAACCUGCAAUGGCUUGUAUCAAAAUGCCACCUGGAGACUCUGCAAUAUGGAAACUGAAUCAUUGAGCUUAUCUUGGAGUACAGGUAGAAUCAUGAAAGCAAAACUAGUAUAAAUUGUUUGGUGAACACCAGAAACAGUAAAAUCAAAUGGAAACUUUGUAAUCCCAAAAGCUGUUUUACAUGGCCACACCAUCAUAUCAAAAACUGAAGUGUGCCACCUGAUCUCGACGAGUCUUCUAUCUAAAUGCAGGCUAUUUGGUUGAAAAUAGUGCCUUGAUUCAUUUCAAUGCAUCGUCGCCGUUUGGAAGAAUGUGCUUUACAAGUCAUCGAGAUAUACUUCGCAUGUUGACUUCUGUCUAGACAUUAUUAGAUUCUAAUUAGGUAGCGGCAGACUUAAUGCCAAUGUGUUUGUUUGCUCUUCUUUGAUGACUACGACUUUCUAACCGAAGCAAACAUAGCUAUCUUUUCUUUUCUUUUUUUUCGUUUGUUUUGUAGACAAUUAAGAAGUUUUCUUGUGAAUCAUAUCAUCCUUCUUUGAUAGAAUAUUUGUCUCGGUAAUUGUUUCAUGGAAUUUUGAGCUCCCGAAUUGAUCUUUACAUUCGGGGUUUGACUUUUCUUGUGAUUAAUGUAAAUAGGGAAACAUUUUCUGGGUUUGACUUUUCCUACGGUAAUCUUUCCUUGAGAAAGUGGUAACUCAUUGUCGUCCACAAGCGUUAGAAGAACCAUCUUAUCCACAUUAGCAGUGCCGCUCUUCGCAGCCAUCCAAAACUUGCACAAAGUGAAAUGGCAUCGCCGAUGUCGCUGAGACACUGCUCCACAAACCCUUCGCUCGGCGUCGUUUGCCGCCUCCAUGGCCACUCCAAGCUUGGCCAUGCAGCUCCGGGUCUCCCGGAACAGCUACUCAUCGGAAGGAGACAAGCAACAGCAGCAGCAGCAGCUGUAGCAGUAGCUCUCCAUGCCAAGGAAGCCAUCUCCGGUUCGAGCGUCGCUUCCGCCUUGGAGUUCAGAUUCACCGCUCCGGAACAGACACCCGAAGAAGCAGACGCGGUGGUGAAGAUCCAUGCAAGAGAUCUGGUGCGGAUAAAGGCUUUGAUCGAUUCGCAGUCAUGGAGAGAAGCCCAGAUCGCGCUUCGCGAGAGCUCGUCGUAUCUGAAGCAGGAUCUCUACACGAUCAUCCAAGCAAAGCCGGGAAGCCAGCGGCCACAGCUGAGGAAGCUCUACUCUCACCUCUUCAACGAUGUCUCAAGUGUGAGUCCAUUGUCUUCACGCUCUCGGUAUGCUCCAGCUUCGCAAAUGAAGCUUGAAAUCUUUAUCGUUUGUGCUGCAGCUGGAUUAUGCUGCCAGAGACAAAGAUGCUCGCCGAGUUCAAGAGUGCUAUGAUAACAUCGUUGCGACACUCAAUGAGAUUUUUGUUCUGAUCUAACAAAUGCAGACGUUGAUGUUUGUUCUA